AUGUGUGGUAUUUUUGGUUAUUGCAAUUUUUUGGUUGAGAAGAGUCGGGGGGAGAUCAUAGAGACUUUAGUGGAGGGUCUUCAGAGGUUAGAGUAUCGUGGGUAUGAUUCUACUGGUAUUGCGAUUGAUGGGGAUGAAGCAGAUGAGACGUUUAUCUUCAAGCAGAUUGGCAAGGUUUUGGCGUUGCAGAAAGAGAUUGAUGAUAUGCAGCCGCGGCGGGAUGUCAGGUUUGUUUCUCAUUGUGGCAUAGCGCAUACGCGGUGGGCCACGCACGGGCAGCCUAGACAGGUGAACUGUCAUCCGCAAAGAUCAGAUGAUGGGAAUGAGUUUGUUAUUGUGCAUAAUGGUAUAAUCACGAAUUUCAGGGAGUUGAAGACUCUUCUAGUUAAUAAGGGAUAUGAGUUUGAGUCUGAUACGGACACAGAGUGCAUUGCAAAGUUGUUUAAGCAUUUGUACCAUACGAAUUUGAAAAAUGGGCAUGAGCUUGAUUUCCACGAGUUGUCGAAACAGGUGUUGUUGGAGUUGGAGGGGUCGUAUGGGUUGCUAUGUCGGUCUUCUCGGUAUCCCGGGGAGGUGAUUGCUACGCGUAAGGGGUCGCCCUUGUUGAUAGGUGUUAAGUCUGAGAGGCGGUUGAAGGUGGAUUUUGUUGAUGUUGAGUUUCCUGACACUAAUAAGGCGGCAGAAGUGCCAUUGUCUUCUAAUAAUGGUGACAGUAACAAUCGUCAUAACGAUCACCAUAAGGCUAAUGGGGACGGGCAUGCUAAUUUGUUCCCGCUUACGACGGGAAAUGAAUCUGGUUUGAGACAUUCGCAAUCCAGAGCGUUCCUUUCUGAAGAUGGGGUGCCUAACCCAGUGGAGUUCUUUUUGUCUUCUGAUGCUGCCUCUGUUAUAAAGCACACCAAGAAGGUUUUGUUCUUGGAGGACGAUGAUAUUGCGCACAUCUACGAUGGUGAGCUACAUAUCCACAGGUCUAGGAGAGAGGUUGGUGCCUCGGCUACAAGAUCCAUCCAAACGCUAGAGAUGGAAUUGGCCCAAAUCAUGAAGGGCCCAUACAAGCAUUUUAUGCAAAAGGAAAUUUUCGAACAACCAGAGUCUACUUUGAACACAAUGAGAGGUAGGAUCGACUUUGAAAACAAUACCGUCAUGCUUGGUGGUUUGAAGUCUUGGUUGCCUGCUAUUAGGAAUGCCCGCCGCUUAACUAUGAUUGCCUGUGGUACAUCCUACCACUCCUGUCUGGCUACUAGAGCGAUUUUCGAAGAGCUCUCUGAGAUUCCAGUUAGUAUUGAGUUGGCUUCCGACUUUAUGGAUAGACGAUGCCCCGUGUUCAGAGACGAUGUUUGCAUCUUUGUAUCCCAAUCUGGAGAAACCGCGGACACCAUGUUGGCUUUGAACUAUUGUAUCGAAAGAGGUGCUUUGACCGUCGGUAUAGUAAAUAGCGUUGGUUCUUCUAUUUCUAGAGUCACGCACUGUGGUGUGCAUAUCAAUGCCGGUCCAGAAAUUGGCGUUGCAUCUACGAAAGCUUACACCUCGCAAUAUAUCGCUUUGGUAAUGUUGGCCUUGUCUUUAUCUGAUGAUAGGGUCUCUAGAAUAGAAAGGAGAAAAGAAAUCAUUCAGGGUUUGAAGAAAAUCCCAGAUCAAAUUAAAGAAGUGUUACAACUUGAACGCCAAAUCAAACAGCUAUGUGAAAAUGAACUCUGCAACCAAAAAUCUUUGUUGCUAUUAGGUAGAGGUUACCAAUUUGCCUCAGCUUUGGAAGGUGCCCUCAAGAUUAAGGAAAUUUCCUACAUGCAUUCCGAAGGUGUCUUAGCAGGCGAGUUAAAACAUGGUGUCUUAGCCUUGGUUGAUGAACAUCUUCCUAUCAUCGCAUUUGGAACUAGAGACUCCUUAUUCCCCAAAGUCGUCUCCUCCAUCGAGCAAGUUACUGCUAGAAAGGGCCGCCCAAUCAUCAUUUGUAAUGAAAACGAUGAUGUAUGGACCAAAAAAGCAGCAUCCAGCAACUUGGUAACACUAGAAGUCCCCCUAACCGUAGACUGCCUACAAGGUCUACUAAACAUUAUACCCUUGCAGCUAACAGCGUACUGGUUAGCCGUUAAUAACGGCAUUGAUGUUGAUUUCCCAAGGAAUUUGGCCAAAUCUGUUACCGUUGAAUGA